AUGGUUCCUUUCUACGGGCAAGGUAUGAACGCCGGAAUGGAAGAUGUUCGUAUCCUUUUCUCCAUUUUUGACAAACACAACGGGAUGCUUGAGGAUAACAGUCCCGGUACUGAGGGCCACACAUCGUCUCCCACGUCUGCGUCAUCAUGGGUUGAAGCUUUGGCAGAAUAUUCAGACGUUCGGGCACCAGACGCAUAUGCUAUCAACGAACUGGCUUUACAAAACUACGUGGAAAUGAGGUCUUCGGUGCUCUCCAUUCGUUAUAGACUGCGGAAAUUUUUGGAGGAGUUUAUUAGUGUAAACUUUCCAAACUUCGGUUGGCACACGAAAUACUCCAGAGUUAGCUUCAGCAACCAAGGUUAUAGCGAUAUUGUGAGGCAAAGUGAUCGCCAAGGUCGGAUACUUAUGCGAGUAUCUGUUGCUUGCAUCACUGGUCCUGUUGCUGUUGCAUUCUUGAUUCUUGGACAUCGAUACAAAAUGCGUCUAUUUUCCAUGGCAGCCGCUAUAUUGGGCUUGAAUUAG